AUGCCUCUGACUGUCGAUGAAGCAUGGUCCCUCAUUGACGAUGCGUUAAAGAGUCUGCAAUCGUGCCGGUUCCUCAGUGUCCGCGAACAAAAGAAAGUAUUACACGCACUAAGGACCUUACAAGCAUCGCCAUCCGAGAUGGAUGAUCCUAACCAACUGCGUUCCCCAAGCAUGCAGAAACGCCGGAAAUUCUACGGCUUUCUGCGCAUGGUGCUUCACAGUUGUGGCCCCAAUGGUGUACUUGUCGCUGCUAUUAGUCUUACCCAGACAACCGUGAGCGGAAUGACAAACGAUCACCGCAACGCCCUUGGUAGGAAACUGGCAAGCCACAAAGACUGGCAGCUGCCAGCUAAUCCACAUCUUCAGUCUUUUGUGGCCCAGCUCCGAGCAAUCAACCCCGUAGGUGGUACGUUCUUGUGCCAGGAGCUCGACAGCCAUAAUCACCGUCCAGGGACGCCAGGGGCUCAGGAGAAGCGGAACAAUAGGGGCCCAAGUAUGACGCCUUCGCGACAUAUUAUGUGGGUUGGCAUACCUACCGGGCCUGACACGAUGAAGCACAACCCUUACCUCCACGUCCCAAUCUGCUUCAAAGACUUGGAAAUUUUUGAGGAGGUCGAUUCCCCAUUUGGAGCGGUCUCCAAAGAUCUAAUGGGAGAUCUCAAAGACAAAUUGGGCCCCCUUUUCCUUGAGUUCGAUGACGACAAAGCUCGCAAUGUGGUGUAUGUUCACCAGUCCGUCCUGAUGAUACUUUUCGUGGCCCGCCUGUUGAACGCAACCGUCGAAUUCUACAAUUGGAAGUCAGAUAAAGAGGCCUUCACGCGCAAAGCUCUGGCGUCCAAUCACGAUCAGGUGCUCCUUUUCAUAUCCAACACUAGCUGCGACGAGACCGCGGAAGACUUAUACAGAGUCACUGACUAUCUUGAAGCGGUAAGAGCCAAUGUGAGGGUGUACCCUACGAAGUCAGAAUGGUCGUGGACCCUGCAAAAGGUGGGCGAUAUCAGGACGCUGGAUGAUCUUGCUCAGGGGUCGAAUACUUGGCGACCCAAGACGUGCUUUGGCGUUGGUGAAUGUUUGCUCACUCAGCCGCAGGGCGGCAAGAUGGUGUUGAAGAGAAGUCACAGUUGUGCUGGCAGAGAGGUUCAAGUCGUGGCCAUGACAAAACGCGACAAACUGCUGUGCAAGGCGCCAGUGCCGGAUCAAACAGCUAAAUACAAGAAGCGCGGCCGUUACCAAGGCGUUCAGCUCCACAGGUUCCUUUAUUUUCACCAAGAAUACGUGCCAACGUUUCGAAAAACCGGAGAGUUUAGGGUAUGGGUGUGCGGUGGCCGGGUGGUAUGCGCUUUCAGAACAAAGGAGGACGAAAACUUACCUGGCAAGCCAAUGGCGCUACGGCAACUCGACAUCAACGAGUAUAAUGACUUUAACUGGUAUUCCCCCGACAAGUGUACCAGGAAACAAAAGCACGAUGAGCUGUUGCAGUUCAUAUUGGACACCGAUUCUCGCAUCCGCCAGUUGAGGAGCGACAGGUUUGACACCGUGCAGAUCGGCGCACGAUACGACUGCGGAAUAUCACCAGACCAUCGCUUUUACGUCAAUGAGCUGACACGAUUUGCCAACGCAGACACCUUCUCGGGACUACUGGCACCACCACAUGACCAGAUCAUCGGACCUUUGGCCAAGAUGAUUGCUCAGAAGUUUUUGAUGUAA